GCGUUGCUGUCGCGGCUGGUAAUAACUAGAGACCAUCUUGCGAUGCGUUCACACCAGCCGCCACGCCAAAUCCCCUUCCCUACUUCCUAACCCCCCACUUCCAGUCCCUUUGCUCAGAAGUAGCAUUCUGUUCUGUCUUUUUCAGAAAUUGCACAUACUUCUGAAAUGUAACAUAAUGUGUCAAAAAUGUUGAGCAGCGAAGAGUUCACAGUGAAUGGAUUUAUCCUCACGAGUAGUGUGUGGUCUGGGACAGAUCAAAACACAGUCACACUGCAGCAUUCCACUGAAAAGGAUGUCUGGUGCAAAGAUACUGCUAUUCCUGCAGAGCCUGUCACGUAGGAAACCUCUGGAGCCUGAAGGAGAGGUGUCCAACUUUCGGCGAUGCCUGACCACCCUCGACCUGUUGGCCCUGGGGGUCGGCAGCACACUGGGGGCCGGUGUGUACGUGCUGUCGGGAGAAGUGGCCAGAGCCGUGGCCGGGCCGAGUAUCAUGAUCGCCUUCCUGAUAGCAGCAGUGGCCUCCAUCUUUGCGGGACUUUGCUAUGCUGAAUUUGGAGCUCGAGUUCCUAAGACUGGCUCUGCCUACCUCUACAGCUAUGUGACUGUGGGAGAGAUAUGGGCUUUUAUCACUGGCUGGAACUUGUUACUGUCUUAUGUCAUAGGGACGUCAAGUGUUGCCAGAGCAUGGAGUGGGACCUUCGAUGAUCUCAUUGGAAAUGUCAUUGCCAACUCUCUGGGCAAACAGGCUGCAAUGAACUUACCUGGCUUAGCUCCAUACCCAGACUUCUUUGCAGCUGGGCUCAUAAUAAUCUUGGCAGGGAUUCUUGCAUUUGGUGUUAAAGAGUCAGCUAUUGUAAAUAAGGUUUUUACAGCAAUUAACAUCCUGGUGUUGCUGUUUGUUAUCCUCUCUGGAGUCAUUAAGGGGGACAUCAACAACUGGUACAUUGGUGAAGAUUUUCUCCUAGAUGGAUAUGAGUAUGGAAACAACACAUCGCUAAAUGACACCACCAUAUAUGGCGGUGGAGGAUUUUUCCCUUUUGGCUUUGAGGGAACAUUAGCAGGAGCAGCCACAUGCUUUUAUGCAUUUGUUGGAUUUGACUGCAUUGCCACAACAGGAGAGGAGGUUCAAAACCCUCAGAAGUCGAUCCCACUUGGCAUUGUGGCUUCCCUCCUCAUCUGCUUCCUGGCUUACUUCGGUGUGUCUGCAGCCCUGACUCUUAUGAUGCCGUACUAUUUGCUCAGUGUUAACAGCCCAUUGCCUGUGGCCUUUACAUACAUCGGUUGGGGCCCUGCAAAGUAUGUAGUGGCUGUGGGAUCCCUCUGUGCACUGUCAACAAGCCUUCUAGGAUCAAUGUUCCCGAUGCCCCGUGUCCUCUUUGCCAUGGCCAGGGAUGGACUUCUCUUCAGACCUCUCAGUAAAAUGAGUGACAGACAAAGUCCUGUUACAGCGACCCUGGCUUCAGGGGUUGUAGCAGCUAUCAUGGCGUUAUUGUUUGACCUGAAGGCGCUGGUUGACAUGAUGUCAAUUGGAACCCUCUUUGCUUACACACUAGUUGCCAUAUGUAUCCUCAUAUUAAGGUACCAACUAGACCUCAGCGAGGAUCCAAGUUUCAGCAAACCAGAACCCUUUACAGUUGCUGGAGUAGUAUUUCCUUCUUCACAGGCAACUUCAAGGACAUCAAAAAAUGUGUCUGUUUUAACAGUUUGUAUUAUCUUUUUAGCUAUCAUCCUAAGCCUCAUCAUAUCUAGGGCUCUAGGCUCGCUGCAGGCCCUCGAGUGGUGGAGUUUACUUUGUGUCUCUAUCAUCGUACUGAUGCUGGUCCUCAUUACCCUGAUCAUCUGGAGACAACCACAGAAUACAACCAAAGCUGCUUUCAUGGUUCCUUUAGUGCCAUUACUUCCUAUUUUCAGCACCUUUGUCAAUGUCUAUCUUAUGGUUCAACUUGGAUCAGACACAUGGAUCCGCUAUGCAGUGUGGAUGGCAGUAGGUUUAAUCAUCUACUUCUGUUAUGGUGUUCAGCACAGUGUGCAGAAACAAAGGCUCCGAAAUUCACACAACCACGUCAGUAUUCACAGCUUCACCACCACCACUAUGGAGCAAAACUUUGAACCUGGACAAGACUUUAAUGGCUGAACGAUGUGACAUGAUAAUUACAACAUAACAGUCACAACCUCUGACAUCUUUUUGUAUUGUUUUCUGUGAAAUUAAAUGUCUGGGAAGGUUUUGUGGUGCGUUUUUAUUGUUUUUGGGGGGUGGGGGUAUUUAGAUUUAUUUUGUUUUAAUUGAAAUUUUCUAAUAAAUAAUAAAUUGCAGUAAACCACACAAAUCACACUAUCAUACACAUACACAUUAUCCUUGCAUGAGGCUUCAUGCAAUAUUGUGUUUUCAUUUUACAGUUUCAGUUAUUGAUAAUGAUACAUCACAGACUAGAGUGUGUAAGAUUUUACAAAGAACAUAGCAAUGCUCGAUGGUUGUGUCAAUAUUCAAGCACCUUUUUUAUACUCAGGACUUUGUGCCAAAAUACAACAUUUAGCUCAUAUCUUGGAGGUAAAUGCUGUAAAUAAAUACAGCUUUUGCGAUGUAUAAUUAAUAAUUUUGUAAUCAAUAUACCACGUCAUGUUACUCACAAUUAAUUUACAUUUAUGCAGUUUAACUGUUUAUUUUUCCUUUUAUAAUGUAUUAUAGUGGCAGGGAUUUCUUUUGCAGAACUCUUCUACUGUUUGUCCACUGCACCCAACUCCUAAU